GGGAAUCCUAUUGCUGGCAAGCACUUGUUAUUCAAAAUACUGCAAUAGACUUAUACGCAGUGACUGUGAUAAUGUGGCGACCAAUUUUCCUCCGACUCCUCCGAUUUCAAAGGAGCCAAGUCCGAUAGCAACCACUAGAACGAUUCCUCCACCGACUACAUCGUAUCCCGAUGGAGACACCAAUUUCCCAUCUACUCCUCCAAUUUCCGCAGAUACUCCAACAAUGCCAACUCAGGGUAUAAAUAUAACAUCUAAACCAACAAUUAAACCAACAAUUAAACCAACAACUAAGCCAACAUCUAAACCAACGAAUAGACCAACAUCUAUGCCAACGACUGCACCAACAUUUAAACCAACAACUAUGCCAACGACUACGCGACAAACAACAACAACAGUAUGCCCAGGCGGAGAAUCGGAUUACCCUCCGACUCCACCCGUGCCUUCUGAGCCUCCAAUCAAGACGACUACAAAGCCUUGGACGACAACGACAAAACGACCAACAGUUUCGUCACCCUCUUGGACAGAGCCAGAGUCGGUUGUUGAGACACAGUGGCCAGAAGAACCAACAGAACCUGAACACCCUUGGACGGAGCCAGAGUCGGUAGUUGAGACACAGUGGCCAGAAGAACCAACAGGACCUGAACACCCUUGGACGGAACCAGAGUCGGUAGUUGAGACACAGUGGCCAGAAGAACCAACAGGACCUGAACACCCUUGGACGGAGCCAGAGUCGGUUGUUGAGACACAGUGGCCAGAAGAACCAACAGAACCUGAACACCCUUGGACAGAGCCAGAGUCCGUAGUUGAGACGCAGUGGCCAGAAGAACCGACAGAACCUGAACACCCUUGGACAGAGCCAGAGUCGGUUGUUGAGACACAGUGGCCAGAAGAACCAACAGAACCUGAACACCCUUGGACAGAGCCAGAGUCCGUAGUUGAGACACAGUGGCCAGAAGAACCGACAGGACCUGAACACCCUUGGACAGAGCCAGAGUCCGUAGUAGAGACACAGUGGCCAGAAGAACCGACAUACAUUCCAACAGAAUCUGAGAUCCCAACGAGGUCGACAGCGAAACCAAUCCAACCGACAAGAACAACGUUUUGGCCGACAACAUCAAGACCAAGGACGACAACCAAAAAAACAACAACCCAAGAAACAACAACCAAAAAAACGACAACAAAGCCAGAGUCGGUAGUUGAGACACAGUGGCCAGAAGAACCGACAUACAUUCCAACAGAAUCUGAGAUCCCAACGAGGUCGACAGCGAAACCAAUCCAACCGACAAGAACAACGUUUUGGCCGACAACAUCAAGACCAAGGACGACAACCAAAAGAACGACAACCCAAGAAACAACAACCAAAAAAAGACCAACAUUUUGGACAACGACUGCAAAGCCAUCGACAACUGGAAUAUGGUCGAUUUGGAUAACUCAGAGUUCAACAAUAAGUUCGCCAACAACUUUAACUUGGCCGACGACUUAUCGAACGACCAUUGUCGUGCCAACUAAGCAUACUUGGCCAACAACCAUCAAGACGAAAAAUUAUAGAAAGGUUACGCGACCAAUCUUUGGAUAAAUAAAAUUCAGCACGUAAAAAGAACGGAAAGCUAAAGUUGAGCCGACCCAACUUUUAUAUCCGUAUAGCCAUUCCUUAAAAAAAAACUUAAAUGAAUUAAAUAAAAUAAAAAAUUAUAAUCACAUAGAGACAUAUGUUUAUGUACAGUUUCAGCAUCUAUUUCUAUUACCCCCUGGAUUUCGGAGACGGUUGAACCCACAUUCACCAAACAUGAUAUAUAAUUAUCUACUUUUGGCUUAAAUUUCAUCCAUAUUAAGUUCGCUCUUCUUCUUUUUGUUAAUUCUUCAAUGGGCGCAUAUAAGAGAUGCUCUACUAUAGCGAGCUCUCUUGUUUAACAGGAAGUCCAGCUCCUAGGGCGUGCUCUUAAUUUUACUUUAAUGUCUUAAGCAUAAUAUAAUCUAAUAAUAAUCUUUCUUAUUCUGACUGAAAUAAAUUAGUGGGGCUAUAAAUCAAUACCAUAAA